ACGCAUUGCCCAGUAUACAUUCACUGCCAAGCGUGGGAAGCAUCGCCAAGCAAUGCGUUUUGUCCUUUCCCAGCUUGGAGUCCAUUUCAGCAAAGUCACGUGGACUUGCCGUAGUCUAGCGUCGCCAAGCACUUUCUGACUUUCUCCCAGACCGCCCCAGUGAAUCCUCCGACUUUCCCGCGGCUCCAUUCCCAUCGCCAUCCCGCAACAUCACUCUUCACCCGCCCACCACGUCUUCGCAGUCACCCACCACGUCGCCUCCCGCGCUGCAUGCAGUCACGCUUUUGGACUCCACCCGGCUAUCUUCUGAAUCUGCUCCUCAACUGCGCGGAACGAGUCCCAAUGCUAACGGAUUCCUGCCUCCCAUGCCUGCCCCCACGGAGGAUCCUCUGCCAGAGCUGGCACACUCGGAGCCGACUGCCAAUCCCGGCAACCCAGUCUCUCUCGAGCAACACGACAUGAACGAUCUCAUGGCGCCGAACUCCCGUGCCGUCGAGUCUUUGCUUCCACCCAUGGCCCUCGCGUUGCCCGACGCGCCCCAAUCCGAGACGAUCCACAGCACGAGCAACGAACAUCUCCCCGUGCAAACCCCCUUGCCCGUAUCUUCGAUGCCGCUUCUCGAUUCCUCCAUGUCCGCCUCCACCAUGGAGCCGUUGUUGCCUGAGCCGCUGGAGCAGCAGUCACAGCAGGAGUUGCGCCAGGAGUUGCAGCGCCAGCAGGGCUUGGAAGCAUUUGCCCGCUUGAAGUUCAGAGACGGCUCUUACUAUAUGCACACAUAUAGUGUCAUCCUCGGUCGCGACAUAGAACAAUCCAGGCGCGAGGUACGGCUUAGAGCCAGGGCGGAGAGACGUAGGAUGCGUGAUGGGAGGCCUCGUAGUGUCAUCAGCGAAACUGGUGGUAUUGUGACCGCCCCCAUGUCCACCAUGACGAACGGUGCGUCCGUAUCCCAUACGUCUUCCUCGUCGCGCCAACAAACCGAUCCAAAUCAUGUAGCCUCGCAAGAGGUGCUGAUACAAGGCUUCCAAGAGGUGCCUGACCGGCUUGAGAGCCAAGUCCCUGAGAACCCCAACGAGUGCCCCUUGGUUCCUAUUCACCCCAGCCACGCCAACGCUGUCGACGGAGAGAUCCGGUCCAAGGGUAUCUCGCGCCAGCACGCGAAAAUUGAGUACAAUUUUGACACUGGCUCCUGGCAGAUGCACGUUCUGGGGACCAACGGAUUGUGCCAUGAGGGUAACUACUACGGCAAAGGAGCGCUCGUUGAAUUGAACCAUGGAGAUGCCAUCGGCAUUGGCCAGGUCACCUUCCAUUUCUUCCUGCCAGAUGUUGCCCUCACCGAAGAGCAGCGCGCUCGCCAGGAGUCCAGCUCGCGGCCCAUGAGCUUCUCGUUUGAGAAUGGACUUGGUCAGGUCGAGGAUGAGGAUUGGACUGACGAGAAUUCGCUCAGCGAACACGCCAACGUGGACCCGAGACACGUUUAUCACAUGCCAGAGAGACCCCAUAUUUCCGAUGAGGAUACACCCGGCGAUAGCGACUUGGCCAUGGAAGAUGUAGACGACUCUUCCGGUUCGGCGAGUCCUCUUACGCGACCUACUUCCAGGAAAAAGAGAAGCCAGCCGAUCCAGCCUAAGCCGAAGCAAAAUCGGCAUCAGAAGCUAAAACUCAAGCUCAAUACCAAAACUAAAGGUAGUGAUAGCACGUCCAUGCAGCCGCCUCCAACAAAGAAGGACCACCCGAACUUGAAUUCAUCAAUGAAGAGGAAGCAUGAACUCGAUAACGGUGAAGGGCCGAGCAUCUCUAAGAAGGCAAAGGCGAAGCUCACAGAGCCAGACCAUGGUGAGGGACCCAGCACUUCUAGAAAAGCAAAGGCCAAGCUCAAGGACCUGGAUAACGGCGAGGGGCCGAGUAGCUUUGCAAGCUCUAGCCCCAGUAGCUCUAUUAAAACAAAAGAAAAAACCAAAGGUGUAGACAACUCCGAGGAACCGAGAAUUUCUAUAACAGGAAAGGGUAAGGCAAAAGAGCUCGUCAACGAGGCUUCCGACCAGCCCACUCCUAGCAUUGAGACUGCCACCGACAGGCAAACCGCCGCCCCCACCCCUGCGAAUGCAUCUGAGCUCGCCUCAGCCGAGACACCAGUGGCUCCCCAUGACGACGGCAUGGAGAUAGAUACCCCAGACCUCGCAUCGGGUAGUAAAGCAGAAGGCCCAUCCUCAAGGCCUCCUAGAGCGGAGAGCCCCAUCAUUACGCUCAAAACUGCCGAAGAGGCGGUCGGUCUCGAAGGAGUAACCUUACUGGACGAAGAGUUUAUCGAGAAGUAUUCCCUGCCUAAAGUUCUGCGCGGGUUGGCCAUGGAACAGCGCAGGGGGCCCGGUCGGCCGCCCAAGGACGGAGUUCUGUCGAAGCGGCAACGAUCACAGCUCGUGAAAUACGGCAAAGAGCUUGACAAAGCCAUUGCUCUCGGUGUUGAUAUCAAGAAUUUGCCAAUGACCGCGGCCAAACCGAAGGUUGCUCGCCCACGGAAGGACACCAACGCCACUUCUGCUGAGGGCGAAGAGGGAGAAGCACGCGAGACGGCCGAGAAAGGCGACGGCGCAGCCUUACCGGCCGAUAAGAAGUCGAAGCCGAGCACAAGCAAGCCACCGCGCUCCCCGUCGCCAGAGAUGAAACGCGAGGAUUACACGAAAGAGCAGUUACAGAAGCCUACCCUGAAUUACGUCGUAAUGGUCCACGAGGCCAUCUCAUCAUCACCGGACGGUCAGAUGAAUCUACAGCAAAUCUAUCACUACAUGGAGAAGACAUGGCCGUACUUCAAGUUCGAAGUCCCAACCAAUGGUUGGCAAUCUUCAGUAAGGCACAAUUUGGGCCAAAACAAGGUCUUCAUCAGGGGUGACCGAGAAGGCAAAGGCUAUUUCUGGAAGGUUGACCCCAACGUUUCGAUCGAGAAGUUACGAAAUAAGAGACAACCGGAAGACACCCAGCAAGGCGCCCAUGUCCAACCACAGGGCUUCUAUCACGCGCCCAACUCGUUCCCGCAAUAUCCUUCUGGGUCGCCAUUCUAUAACGGCGGUCCACCACCACCCCCACCAAGGGUGGAGGCGGUGCAAAUGCAUCCUCGUUUACCCCCAAGUCUCGCCCGCAGCGCUGCCACCGCCGCACCUGCAUCACAGGGUCCUCCUGCUAUGAAGCCCUACGCUUCGCCUUGGGGUAACGGUGGAGGGUCCGCGAUGCAGGGUGUGCCGCGUCCUUUCGGAUCUCAGCCUUCUCCGAAUCCCACGGGGGUCUCGAAACCUCCACCAAGCGGCCAGUAUGGUGUGCUCCUUCCAUCCCACUUACCACAACCCAUCUAUCCCACUUAUGGCGCGCCAAACGGACACAGUGGGCAGUCGGGGACUGCGAAUGGAUCACCAUAUGGAUCCAUGUCAAGGCCCUCGCCAUAUGCCACAGCAAUCUCGCCGCCCACUACGUCCCAACCGGCUCAAAACGGUCUUACAGCUCCGCAGAAACCAAAUCCAUCUCCAAGCCUGACAGCGACCCAACCGCAUCCCCCACAACCGGCUCCUCCUCAACCGGCCCCUGCUCAAUCGGCUCCUCAGCCGAACUUCCCCCAACCGACCGUUGCCCAGCACUCACCCUCUCAACCUCACGAUUCGGGUCGCUACCCCGCCUCCCUCGAUCGUCGCAUGAUUCACCAGCUAGAAGCCUUCCGUCAGACCUUCCUAGACAAGACCCCUGGGACUGACAAGACAGAAUCCAUCAAGCGAGUCGACAACGCCAUCAGAGCCGUCGUAUAUCCUGAUGCACAUCCCCCACUGACUCAAGCGGAAAAUCACCUCUACAACGUCAUGCUCCAAGUUCCCGUCAUCAGGGAUCUGCUGGCCAGUAGACCUACUACCAACGAUUUGGGCGUGGCGGCUGCUGCGGAGGCUGCGAGCGACGCGGCUGUUACCGCGGCUGGCAGCCUACCUCCAGCUUCUGGUGCGAGCGCUAAUCCUGGACCUCCCGCUGUUUCAACUGCUGGUGUUAGCUCGACCAGUCUUCCUGUCGCUUCGACUGCUGGUUCUAAUUCUGGAGGUCCGCCAACCUCGACUGCUGAUCCUAGUUCUGGAGGCCUGCCACCUUCGACUGCAGGUCCUAGUUCUGCAGGUUCACUUGCUUCGACUACUCCCGCCGGUUCCGGAAGCCUGCUCGCACCGACCGUUGGUCCUGGUCCUAGUACCCUAUCCCCCGCAGCUGGAAAUGUCCCAAAUGCCAAUGCUACCUCUGAGAAUAUCCCAGUCCCCAGUCAUGCCUGAAUGCGCUAACGCACCAUUUUCCCUUCGUCUUUGCUGUCGGCGUUCGACCAUAACAAGGCGCAUAUGACAUAUUGGUCUGGACACGGCGUACCAUUCACUGCCUAGUCUUUUGGGUCUUCAGGUCUUUGUUGAUUGGGGGUUAUGAAUGUUCUUAUUAGCAUGGCGUACACGGGACAGGAUAUGACGCCACGCAUGGGUCUUUGGACCUUGGCAUUCUAAAAGUUUUGGUGUCUUCGAGAGGGCGCUCUCAUGCAUAUUUAUAUGGUCGGUUGGCGUGGACUAGAUGGAGUAUGCCUGGUACUGCAAGGGGAUAGUGGGUAUAGGAUAGGAUUAACGUUUAUGAAUAAGACGAGACUAUUGUCA